CUUCGGGUUUCACGGUGAAUGCUCUCUGGAAUAUUUAAUUUGAAGCUCUGUUGUUUUUGGAUUUAUCUUUUUUUUAAUUUUCAUUUAACCGUAUGUAUUUCUGAACCUGUCGAUACUUGGCAGCUGAAACAUGACACUUUAUGUAGAAGGUCUGAGUAAAGGAGUGGCCAAAGGAGGGAUGGCUCAGUUCCAGGAAAUGAUGCGGCAGCAGCUGGAGAGCUCCAUGCACACCGAGCUGGAGAAACUGCUGGACACCACCACAGGCGAGGCGGAGAGAGAGGUGUCAAGGAAAGACUUUGAGGGCUUCAAGAAUCUUUUCCAUAGAUUUCUGCAGGUGAAGGGUCCAUCAGUGGAGUGGAUCAAGAUACAAAGACCUCCAGAAGAUUCGAUCCAGCCCUUUGAUAAGAUCGCCGCUCGUGGCCUGCCGGACAACGUGGCUGACAGCCUGAAUAAACUGGUGGUGGUGAAGCUGAACGGAGGCCUGGGCACCAGCAUGGGAUGCAAGGGCCCCAAGAGCUUGAUCAGUGUCCGCAACGAGAACACCUUCCUGGACCUCACUGUGCAGCAGAUCGAGCACUUGAACAAGACUUACAACACAGAUGUGCCCCUGGUCCUCAUGAACUCCUUCAACACAGAUGAAGACACGAAGAAGAUCCUGCAGAAGUACACGCACCACCGUGUCAAGAUACACACCUUUAACCAGAGCAGGUACCCUCGCAUCAAUAAAGAGUCCCUCCUCCCUGUGUCCACGAACUUGAGCAUGAAUGGGCAAAAUACAGAAGGCUGGUACCCUCCAGGACACGGCGACAUCUACGCCAGCUUCUACAACUCGGGCCUGCUGGACCAGCUGAUCGUGCAGGGCAAGGAGUACAUCUUCGUGUCCAACAUUGACAACCUGGGAGCCACGGUCGACCUCCACAUCCUGCACCACCUGGUCAGCCAGCCCAACGGCAAGCGUUGCGAGUUUAUCAUGGAGGUGACGGAUAAGACGCGUGCAGACGUCAAGGGUGGCACUCUGAUCCAGUAUGACGGAAAACUGCGUCUGCUGGAGAUCGCCCAGGUCCCCAAGGCCCAUGUGGACGAAUUCAAAUCAGUUUCAAAGUUCAAGAUCUUCAACACCAACAACCUGUGGAUCUCUCUGGCUGCCAUCAAGAGGCUGCAGGAACAGAAAGCAAUGGACUUAGAGAUUAUAGUCAACCCCAAGACGCUCGACGGCGGGCAGAACGUUGUCCAGCUGGAGACUGCAGUCGGCGCAGCCAUCAAAUGCUUCGACAACGCCCUGGGCAUCAACGUACCUCGCAGCCGCUUCCUGCCUGUCAAGACCACAUCAGACCUGCUGCUGGUUAUGUCCAACCUGUACAGCCUGGAGGCCGGCUCUCUGACUAUGAGCCCCAAGAGAGAGUUCCCGACGACGCCGCAUGUCAAACUGGGCAGCUCCUUCACCAAGGUUCAGGAGUAUGUGAACCGCUUCGAGAGCAUCCCCGACAUGCUGGAGCUCGACCACCUCACGGUGUCCGGAGACGUCACCUUUGGGAAAAACGUUUCACUGAAGGGCACCGUCAUCAUCAUUGCCAACCACGGAGAUCGGAUUGAUAUUCCAGCUGGCUCCAUGCUGGAAAACAAAAUCGUAUCUGGCAAUCUCCGCAUCAUGGACCACUAGCGCCUUUUUCAACACACACACACACACACACACACACACACACACACACACACACACACACACACACACACACACACACACACAACCCACCCUCAUCAUGUGACCUAGUUGGCUUUAUCCCAGUCAUGUGACCUGUUUGUCAUGUUUACCCGACACCAACAGAUUGUGAAAGGAAGUGUCUUUCCCCUAAAGGCUCUGUGUGAUUGCAUGUGAAUGCUGCUCUGCAGUUUAUGGUUGGGAGUGCUUGAAGCUGGGAGAUACUGCCCUCUACAGGCUGUUGAUCAUAUGAAAUAAUAGUAUUAAUAAUGAGCUACUCAUAGCUGUUACUUUAAACAAUGACCUAUAACCAUGAUAGAAAGACAACACAUCAGAUUUUAUUUUUUAUUCUUCAUUAACUGUAGGGAUGUUGACUGUUUCUUGGCCUGAAAAUAAAACCUGCCAAAGUAGACUCAAAACAGAUAGGGAUACUGUUAUGAUAAUAUUAAUAGGGAUACUAACAGGACUACACAGAAGAACAAACCGGAUACUUUUUUCCUCAUCUUCAUCGUCAGUGUGCUCUUACAGCACUGUGUACUUACACAGAGGGGUAAAGUCACUGUUUCCGAAGUUAUGGAAGAGUUUAGACAAUUUAUUUCAAGCCCAAAGACACCAAUUUGUGACUCAACAUGGUUCCACAAUUCAGCAGGGACAAGAAAUGUUCAGCUGAGAUAAUGUGCAGUGUGGGGGGUGUAGCAGCAAAAGGUGUACUUAGGUCUAUUUAACCUGCAUUAAAUAGUUUUGGGUGGGGGGUGGGGUUGGGGGGUUUAGCCUGUCAACACAAUAAUGACAUAUCAUCACCUUUCAGUUAUGUUUGCAAAUACAGACACAGAGCAACAUUAUCAUUCAUUUGGAGUUGUGUUUCUGGACACCUGAUGCAUUUUAGCUCUCUUUUUGGUCUCAACCAGCUCCUGAGGAAAAUACAGAAUAUGCUGCUCAAUGAUCCAGUAUGUUCACCAGCUAGUCGCUGACUUUAUGUGCGAUUCCAUUAAUCUGCUUUUAUGUACAUUUUAAAAAAAAAGAUGAAAUAUAAAGUUUAUGGCUGGCUGAGGUGGAAAGGUUGGUGUAUCAAUAAGAGCAACGUGCAAUGGAAAACCAGGGCAGAUAAAUCAUGACACACAGGAAAACAAAAAUGUUAACGUUCUUCAAAUUAAUACAUGAAACAAACACAAAUGCCAUAUUUUCCACAUGGUUUUCGUUCCACUGCAGAAUUAGUGCCAGUGGAUGGAAACGGACAUUAAUUCACUUGGUAUUUGCGAAACAUGAUUUUUGUCUGUGAGUUUGGAGCUGGGCAAGUAGCAAAUAGUGGGCUUAUCAGGCCUUUUUUGCUGUUAACAUCUGCUUCCUGCAUCUGAAAAUCACGAUGAUGAGAGCGUUGAGACUAAACCAAAAGAAGGAAACAAUGAGCUGAAAGAAGCUACAACUCUAAAUCCCCAGAUUUGGAGAAUUCAGUUCAUACUGUAUGAAUUUGUGGAACCAUGCCGUGUCUGUAGAGAAACGUCCAUGCUCAGAAAUAAAAUGCAAACUUUUUUCCGGAGCAAUAACAACUGUGACGUCCACAGAGUAGAGCGUAGGAUAUAUUUACUCCUCCAGUGUCCAGGCUAACUGUGUCUAUUUGUGCCAUAGAGGAGAAACUAACACGUUCCAACCUCUGUCCCCGACUGUUUGGUGCCCUUAAACUUCUCCAUGAUAUUUCUGGAUGAGGACUGCAAUGAUCCAUAUCCAGGCACGAUCACAAUGCCAUGAAAUCACAUGUAAUAACUGCAGUUAUACCGGUACAAAGCGGAGGUCUUUAUUUAUGAUGUAGAUGAUGAAAAAUUUCAACAAUGUUGUGCAUUAUUUUUGUUUUUAAUCCAGUAUGUUUGAUCACAUUUUGCCCUUAAUGUCGUAUGAAACAUCAUGCCUCCAUUUCGGUGUCAAACGUCGCCUCUGUCCACCUCCUCCUUCAGCAUUAACUCUUCACACGGAGACAGAAGGUGCGAUACUUUCUGCAGAUUCAGACGGUUGACGUUUUUUUGAAACAUGUACGCAAAGUUUCAGUGUGAGAAUACUUGAGACAUGUCCGACACGCGCGGUCCAGAAGCCUGAAAGCAAUAAGUGUUGAUCUGUGACGGUGGCGAGGUCUCAGCCCAGCCCAGUUCUGCCUCCUCAGAGCUGAAUAAAGUGCAAUAUGAAAUGAG